GGUUCCGGCAGAGGCGGAGGAUCCUUCCUGUGUGGAAGCCGCGGAUCCCGGUGAUCUCUCUCACCUGGCGCUCUCUCCAUCCUCGGCGCGAUACCAUGGCAGCAGGCUGCGAGGGCAUCGCGCCCCCGACCCUGGGCGAGAGAACUGUGGGGGAGGAAGGUGAACCUGUCAAACCUUUUACGCCAGAGAAAGCGAAAGAGAUUAUAAUGUCUUUACAGCAGCCUGCAAUCUUCUGUAACAUGGUUUUCGAUUGGCCAUCAAGACACUGGACUGCGAAACACCUUUCUAAGGUCUUGGAGGGCAAGCAGAUACGGUUCCGAAUGGGCCUGAGAGGCACAGGCACAGUUCCCCAGUAUGAAACCGAAUGUAGUUAUGUGGAUGCGACACUCGAGGAGUUUUUGACCUGGAACUGUGACCAGUCUAGUAUCUCUGGACCAUUCAAAGAUUAUGAUCAUUCCAAAUUCUGGGCUUACGCUGACUAUAAGUAUUUUGUCACUCUGUUUGAGGACAAGACAGAUGUUUUCCAGGAGGUGGUGUGGUCUGACUUUGGAUUUCCUGGAAGAAAUGGACAAGAAAGUACAUUGUGGAUCGGGUCCUUCGGAGCCCACACUCCCUGCCAUCUGGACUCCUAUGGUUGCAACUUAGUAUUCCAGGUACAAGGAAGGAAAAGAUGGCAUCUCUUUCCUCCUGAAGAUAUGCCUUUCCUUUAUCCAACCAGAAUUCCUUACGAAGAGUCUAGUGUGUACAGUAAAAUCAAUGUUGUCAACCCUGAUUUGAAGCGUUUCCCCCAGUUCCAGAAAGCUCGAAGACAUAUGGUCACGUUGAGCCCAGGACAGGUUCUGUUUGUUCCCAGACACUGGUGGCAUUACGUGGAGUCUCUUGAUCCUGUCACCGUCAGUAUAAACUCCUGGAUUGAGCUGGAAGAGGACCACCUAGCGCGGGUGGAGGAGGCCAUCACCCGCAUGCUCGUGUGUACACUGAAGACUGCAGAGGACCCGCACCACCCCAGGACCUGGCUGAACCCCACUGAGGUUGAGGAGACGUCUCACGAAGUCAACAGCUGCUACUUGAACAGUGCUGUUUGUGCCUUUUUUGAUCAUUGUGAAAAAGCUAAAGCAGUAGAGAUGCAAGCGCUGAGCGCAAACGGGGCAGAGCCACGUGUGCAGGAGGAGCACAUGGAAGUGGAGCAGGCUCAGGGAUCGAGCCUCAGGGCGAGGGCUGAGAAACAGGAGGCCACAAGCCUGUUUGGCCCAGAUCUGAUCCCGGUGACACCAGCAUCCGAAGAGAGAGGAGUCACACUGGAAGGCGACAGCGAAGAGUCUGUCAGCAGCAACGGAGGACACUUUGCAGAACUGCCCUGUGCCAGGAGACAGCAAACCAGCAAAGGGGCGAGCGCAUUGGCGGAGCCCUUGGCCCCGCGGGGUCCUAUGGCACAUUCUCGAGUCUUCGUGUCCACAGAUGAUUUGCUGGACUGCCUAGUUAAUCCACAAGUAACCAGGAUGGUGGCCCAGCUUUUGAUACAAGGAAAAAGCUGUGAUACUUUCUAGUAACUUUUUAAUUACUUUUUAAUAACUUUUAAAAUAUAUUUUUAGAAAUAAUAUGAUAUACGUGUGUGUUUGCUUUUUUUUACUUGCUCUUUGAAUAUGUCAUGUAUAUACCGUAUAUUUUGAUUAUAUUCAUGCUGCACUGCCUACCUCCAGCCUCUUCCAAAUCCCCUUUGUCCCCCACCCAAAUUUUCUGUCUUUUUUAUUUAUUUACUUUUUUUUCACAACCCAUUGAGUCCAGUUGCUGCUACCCAGAUACAUAUAGUGUGGCUAUCCACUUAGCCCUGGUUAACCUCCCAGGGCUGUACCAUUGAAGAAAACUCACUUUCCUUCUGGACGCAGCCCUCAAUAGCUCCUUAGCUAGCGCUGGAGCUCUUGUGUUCACAUUAGAAUAUUGACUGGCUUGCUCUUGCACAGGCAACCACACUACAGCUGCAGAGUUCACAGGCAAACCGGUUCUGUCCUGUCCACUCCAAAAGCCAUUGCUUCGACUCACCCCUCCCUGAUCUCUGACCUAUAAAAACUCCCAGCCCCUCUUUCUCCAGCUUCUUUUUCCUUUCCUUUGGUAGGGAACAGGGGGGUUUGAAACUGGAUCCAACUAUGUAGCUCUGGCUUUCCUGGAGCUCUCAGUGUAGACCAGGCUGGUCCUGAACUCUAUAAAGAGAUCCACCAGCCUCCACUUCCAGGGUGCUGGGAUCAAAGGCGUUCACCACCUCCCUGUUUCUCCGGGCUCUGUGUUAGCCAGCAUUCACUAUACCAAAUGCUCCUUGGGUAAGGAAGGAUCAUCUAGAGAGGACCCAGAAGGCAGUUUGAUAUUUUGUUCAUUUAGCAAAACGAUAGGAGUAGGUUCACUUCUAGGCCUCACCAGCCAGGGGUCCUGGCUGGGUUGAGAGUUUAUUUUUACAGGGUCCCGCUAUAUACCUUAGGCUGGCCUUGAAUUCAAGAUCCUCUGGCCCGCCUCCCCAAGCGAUGGAUUACAGGUUUGCACUACCAAGGUUGGUUCUCAAUAGUAUGAGUCUAAAAUAAAGGAUGGAACAGGAGGUGGUGAGUUUGUACAUGUUUAUAAAUGUGCUUUCCCAAUAAAAGCCACCGUGGUCACCUCUUUCCAGCACGCCGCUCAGUAGCCAAACUAGCUCACAUUUGGGUUGGUCUUGGUUUGUUAGGUAAGACUCGGCUGCAAAGCAGUCUGAAAGGCUGAGGUCCUCUGAAGUGGGGUAGACGGGCAUGGCUACAGAAUUGCCCCAGCAUUCGGCAUCGCUUGAGCAUCCUAUUCAGACAAUUCUGGCAGGCUGCAGCACUCUCCAUUGUUACAAACACUAAUCAAGUAAGGCAGCUUUCCUCUGGUUUUAAAGGAACACAAGCAUUUCCGUUUCAUUACUUUAUGAAGCUUCUCAGGAGGCACAGUUUCUCUGAGUACAUAGGGUUGUUACAGAAUGGACUCAGUGUAGACUGGGCUCAGAGAAGCUGGGACGGUCUUCUGCAGGAAGUCUUUCUUUCAUGAGAAGGAAGUAUCUUAGUCUCCUGUUGUCUUAUUGUCCUGUAGCCUUAGAGGUUCACUGCCUCAGUCUGCUAACCCAGGCCUACGCCUAGGCCUGGAAGCUUCUAGCCUCUGUACAAUCUAAUCUAGGCCUAGAAUGUUUUCAGCCUCUGAGCCUUACUGCUGAAUAAGCUCACCCUUUCCUAGUUCUUUCUGCUUUCUGGCUCAAAUUCCUCUCCAGGCUGACUGAUCCAAUCUAGCUUCUCUCAGUGUCUCCUGAAUUGCUCUACUUGGCUUCAGAUUAACUCUGGAAUCUGUUCUGAUCUUCUGGUGCCUUCUCAUUCACUGGCUCAUUCUAUCUUCACCUAUGUCUAGCUUGUUCUCUCUCUGCAACCUGUCUAUACAACUGUCCUGGUAAACUGCCUCCUUCCCCUCUCUGCAUUGUCCCUUAAGUAGCUUCCCUUCCCCCUCUCUUCUCACAAGAGUUCGACAUACUCUAUUCUGUCAAGUCUUUCUCUGAUUCAUCACUUUGCCACUCAAUUAGACAUCACUUUCAAACAUGGAUAGUUUCCUUCUACAAACUAACUUUACCUACAUUGUUUGAGAUUAAAGGUGAGUACUAAGGACAUGUCUGUACUCCAUCAAAAGGGAUUAAAAGCAUGUACAAAGGGUUGAACCGAACCACAACUAGAAACAGGCUUUCUUUUUUUUUUUUUUCAGUUUAUAACUCAAAUCUCGAUAGGGGUUCAUUCAUGGUGUGAUUAAAUAUCCUGCAACAAUGUCUGUAAAAGUGAGUGGUGGGAGAUGAGUCCCUGAUUUUGUAGAGGGCAAUUACGAGGUCCUGGCUGAUUGCAAGGGCAUCCGAAUGAUAAGCACCGUGAAAACACUCAUGAGCUGUUCCCACAUCACCCUGCAUCUUCAAGGACCACAUCUGAGUCAGGAAAAUCACCUGGUAAGUACUCUGGCUCUGCAUGGGCCGGCAGAGCUCAGACGCAUGCUUAGUAGCGUCCAAUCCUGAAGGACAAGUCAGCAGUGCUCACAUACCCAUGUGGUGUUCAGGAGGCAUGGUGGCCAAGGCCCACUGUACUUUUAGGACUCAAUAAAAAUGUUUUAAUUUUUUUGUUUUUUGUUUGUUUUAAUACAUCCAUGAAUGUAGCAGUAUAGUUGUAUAGUCUAGAAUUUUUUAAAAAUAUAUUUAUUUUUACUUAAUGUGUGAGAAUGUUUUUGCUUGCAUGAAUUGAUGUGUGCAGUUCCCUCAGAGGUCAGAAGGGGGCAUUGGCUCCCUGGAUCUUUAGUUACGGAUGACCAUAAACUACCAUGUGGGUGAUAAGAACCAAACACGGGUCCUCUAUAAGAGCAGUGUUCUUAAACACUGAUAAGUAAGCACUCUGUCCAUCCCUCCUGUCCCUGAGUUUAGGUUUGUUUGUUUUCAUUGUUAUCUUUUAUUAUUUUACAAUAUAUUCAAAAACUGCCAUUAUAGUUGCCUUGAGUUCUCUGAGAGUCAUAGAACACCUAGAUUCACAUAAACAUAGUCUGAUAUACCAACUGACCUGGACCAUCGCUAAAAAAGGGGAGGGGGCUAUAGUUUUUAAAUAAAUGUGUGACAGUGCAAAAUAAAAACCUGUU